AGUACCGACACGUUCUCGUACAUUUCGGCACACCUCAUUCCUGUGACUUGCCUUCUUGCUUCGUGUCAUUUUUGUGAGACUGGGAGAUGCACGGUAGGUGACACGGCGGUGCAACUUCAGAAACCUCUCCUUCAUCAUGGGUCAACAACAAAUGGAUUUCAUGGACAAAUUCAUUGCCGCCCAUGCCGUCCCAAAAGAAGCCCUGGCGCAUUUCGCGGCCAACGACUUCACCAACAAACACCUCUCGAACCCUCUCUAUCGGCCGAUCCCAACCUACUCCCGCGUCCUCAAAGACGACGGCGAAGACUUUUUCUUCUCGCGGACGGUCGCCACGCCGACCACCAUCCCGUACCUAGUCACCCUGCAGUUGAAAGAUUUCCCUUUUGCCGAGGAUAGUCCCAAGGGCACGUUGAAGACAGGCCAAGGGCACAAGGCGGUGGUGAAGGUGCCCGAGAACCCAGACUGUGUCAUGCUCCUACACCUCGCCCGCCCGGGGGUCGACGGGCACCCCGCCACCAUCCACGGAGGGGUGGCCUGCGCCAUCCUCGACGAGAUGAUGGGCCUGUGCGUCAUGCUACACCACCAACAUCUCGAGGGGGCCCGAGAAUCCCUCUACACCGCCGGGCUGAACGUGACCUACCGUGCCCCCGUACCGACGCCGAGCGACGUCAUUGUCAAAUGCUGGCUCGAGGGAAGGGAAGGUCGAAAGUGGAAGUCAAGAGGUCAGAUCAUCAACAAAGACGGCCUGGUCAUGACUGAAGCAGAGGGUCUGUGGGUUUUGGCUAGAAACGAAGUCAAGUUAUAAAAGGAUCGUAGUCCCGUACAGUAUGAGCUCGUCGGCGAUACGGUGGUCUGACAUGUCCCGAUCAUGGUUUCGAGUUGAAUUUCUACGUCAAUCGGUGGAACUCAUAGACUUGACAGCAGCAGAGUGGACCUCUACGCCACAUGUUUUUGGACCUCUUUUUUUUUCCAACACCAAACCACCAAAAGGAACAAACCUUCCGGAGAGCUACUCUGGUUCUCGUAUCCGUCGCCCCGUUCAUUUUUUCUUACUGAUAAUGGAUCUCUGCUUCCGCUGUCACCCGGCGACAGGUAGAUCCAUCUCAAGAGUUCGGUAUACAGUACAUAUGGACUGAGUCAAACAAACCUACGCGUAUCAGAUGGGCCUCGGUGAUGAUUUUCAACACCUACGGAGUACGCGAACAAUGACACUCAACAUGGAUCAACAAGACCAACGACUAUACCACAGAUUGACUUAUAUUAUCUAGAGAUAUAAUAGAGGAGAC